CUUAAAAGCAAAUCAACCACACAUACAUAUACAGCUAACUAAGCUGACCCCAUUUCCCAAAAUGCCUCGCUUAGCCACUCUUCUUCUCCUCUCUCUACUCCUCAUCCUCCUCACCACGACGGCCCUGGCUCACAGCGGCCACGACGACGACGACGGCGGCGAUGAUGAUCAUCAUGACUCAACAGAAGACUCCAAAGGGUCUCUUGAUCUUCGUUCAAGGCCUUUGAUAUUGGUCAAAGUUUGGUGCUUGAUUCUCAUCUUUGUUGGGACCUUUCUAGCUGGUUUGUCUCCCUAUUUUCUGAAAUGGAACGAGGGUUUUCUGGUUCUUGGCACACAGUUCGCCGGAGGGGUUUUUCUGGGCACUGCUCUUAUGCAUUUCUUAAGCGAUGCUAACGAGACUUUUCAGGACUUGACUGAGAAAAAAUAUCCCUUUGCCUUCAUGCUCGCUUGUUUUGGAUAUUUGUUGACUAUGUUUGCCGAGUGUGCCGUUACUCGUUUUUUAUCUAAGCAAAAUGAUGAUCCUGCUAAAGAGCAUCACCAAGAAGGUAGUAUUGAGAAUGGAACAAGUAACAACCAUCAUACAAAUCCAGCUACAAGAGUUGUAGCAGGUUCACUAGGAGACAGUAUUUUGCUAAUUGUAGCCUUAUGUUUCCACUCCAUCUUCGAAGGAAUCGCCAUUGGAGUAGCCGAGACCAAAUCCGAUGCUUGGAAAGCCUUGUGGACAAUCUCAUUGCACAAAAUAUUUGCAGCCAUAGCCAUGGGAAUAGCCCUACUCCGGAUGAUCCCCAACCGGCCGCUGCUGUCGUGCGCUGCCUAUGCGUUCGCCUUCGCCAUUUCUAGCCCUAUUGGAGUUGGAAUCGGAAUCAUCAUCGAUGCCACUACACAAGGCAAAGUGGCUGAUUGGAUCUUUGCCAUUUCCAUGGGAUUGGCUUGUGGGGUUUUCAUUUAUGUCUCAAUUAACCAUCUUUUGGCCAAAGGCUACAUACCCCAGAAGCCUGUUGCUGCAGACAAGUCUCAUUUCAAGUCUUUGUCAGUGUUGCUUGGUGUUGAGGUCAUUGCUAUUGUGAUGAUAUGGGACACUUGAGACUCUCUCAUGUGAUGCAUACUUAAAAAGUUUGUGGUUAGUUAAUUAAUUACUUAGUUAAUUAGAUGAUACAACUAGGUGGUUUUGUUUGGAUUUUGAUGUAAAUGGAGAUUUGGUGUUUGAUAUAAUACUAAAGAAAUCUCUUUUGUAAGAUAA